GUUGAUAUCAGCGCCCGCGUGUUGUGGGAGGAUAUGGUGAUCAAUGUGAAUGAUACAGCCAACUGGAACAAAGACAUGAAAGAAGUCCAGCUGCUAGAACAAGUGAACUCCUGUACGGAUGUGGUUCGUCAAACAAUGCACGAAAUCGCUGGUCUGAUGUCAGCUCGGUCACUCCUUCUGGCCAGACAAUGGUCAAAGAGGAACGGAAAGUUUAAUCUCGCUACGUCAUCACUUAUGUCUCCCAAGUUCCCGGAUCCAGAGGACAUUGUGACUGGCCACCUGUAUCCGUCAGGGAUGAUGUAUAUCCCCAAUAAAGAUGACCCCGACAGAAGCACGUUUGUCUGGUUCUUUGCAGUCGAUUUAAAGUUGGGCUGGGUUCCUCAAUAUUUUAUAGACUUGGGCUUUAUGCACGGUCAGAAAAAAUUCAUUAGAAGUCUAAGAGGACAUGCAAAGACACUCAAACGAAAAAGCUCAUGAGGAAGGAACUACAUAUUCCAACAGAAUGCCAUUUGAAUGUUAACCAGUAAUGGAGAGCAGUGGAAAAGUUUCUUUAUUUGUGAUUGAUACAUCUUUUUCACUGGCUGUUGUAUUCAUCCGCUUGUCCUGAGGAAGUUAACCGACAACUCCUGGGUCGGGUGUACUUCCUGUUGCGCUCACUGUGGGAUGGUACUGUUUGAAAUAACAA